AUGAGUAUCAAACGUCUUAUUGAAGAGUUUGGUGUUGGCGUGACCACCAUACAUGACCUGAAGAAACAGAAGGCUCAACUAUUGAAAUUCUAUGCUGAAAGUGAUGAACAGAAGUUAAUGAAUAACAGAAAAACACUGCAUAAGUCUAAAAUUGUAGAUCUGGAUCGUGUACUGAAAGAGUGGAUUCGUCAGCGUCGCAGUGAACACGUGCCACUUACUGGAUGGUUACAGAAAUUUAAGAAAAGACACGGCAUAACAUUUUUAAAGAUUUGUGGUGAUAAAGCAUCUGCUGAUCAAGAAGCAGCGGAGAAAUUCAUUGGCGAGUUUGCUAAGAUCACGGCAGAUGAAAAUAUAACGCCAGAACAAGUCUAUAAUGCAGAUGAAACAUCACUGUUUUGGCGUUAUUGUCCCAGAAAGACACUGACUACAGCUGAUGACUCAGCUCCUACAGGAAUUAAAGAUUCAAAGGAGAGAAUAACUGUGCUGGGAUGUGCUAAUGCAGCAGGCACACAUAAGAGUAAACUUGUUGUGAUAGGCAAAAGUUUGCGUCCUCGCUGUUUAAAAGGAGUAAACUUCAUACCAGUCCAUUACUAUGCCAACAGAAAGGCCUGGGUCACCAGGGAAAUCUUUUCCGAUUGGUUUCACAAACAUUUUGUACCAGAGGCUCGUGCUCACUGCAGGGAAGCUGGACUGGAUGACGACUGCAAGAUUCUUUUACUCCUUGACAACUGUUCUGCUCAUCCUUCGGCUGAACUUCUCAUCAAAAAUAACGUUUAUGUCAUAUACUUUCCCCCUAAUGUGACUUCAUUAAUUCAGCCGUGUGACCAGGGUAUCCUUAGAUCAUUGAAGAGUAAAUAUAAAAACUCUUUCUUGAACAACAUGCUAGCAGCAGUGAACAGAGGCAUGGGUGUGCAAGGUUUUCAGAAGGCGUUUAGCUUUAAGGAUUCCAUUUAUGCUGUUGCCAAUGCUUGGAACAAGGUGACUAAAGAGACAGUCAUGCAUGCCUGGCACAACCUCUGGCCAGCAACUAUGUUCAGCAGUGAAGAUGAUGAAGCAGAUGACUUUGAAGGUUUCCAUAUUUCAAGUGAGCAAGCAAUGGUGUCUGACCUCCUUGCAUAUGCAAGAAACAUACCUUCAGAAUCCAUCAAUAACCUGGAAGAAGCGGAUAUCGCAGAAGUUUUUGACAUCGACAAUGAUGCUCCAGUUAUUCAUUCAUUGACCGAUGGUGAAAUAGCGGAAAUGGUUCUGAAUGAAGGUGGUCUUGAAAACAGUGACGAUGAAGAUGACGUUGUUAUUGUUAACACUGCAGAAAAAAUAUCUAUAGACGACAUGGUGAAAAUGUGUGAUGGGCUUAUUGAAGGUCUAGAGCAGCGUGCAUUCAUAACAGAACAAGAAGUCAUGUCCGUUUAUAAAAUCAAAGAUCGACUUCUAAGGCAAAAACCAUUAUUAAUGAAACAGAUGACUCUGGUGAAACAUUUAAAAAAGCCAUCCAGCAGAAUUCCUCCUCAUCUCUACAGAACCCACUUCCUAGUUCUUCAGCUGCUUCUGAUGGUUUUAUUGUAUGUUAAGACAUAA